CUUACAUUUCUUCACAGGCAUACUAUUCCUUUAUCCUCCUUGCUUAUUAGUACUACUCCUACUCCUCUUAAGUUUUUUAUUCUGAGGGCAGAUCAAGCUAGCACGUAUGGAAAUUCCAAUUCCGCUCUCAUUUAUGUUACUCUUACUACUUGUACCUUCCUGCAUUUGCUCUUCCCCACUUCAAGAUCCUGAACUAGUGGUUGAAGAUGUACAAAAGAGCAUUAAUGCCUCAAGGAGGAACUUAGCAUUUCUUUCUUGUGGAACGGGGAACCCCAUUGAUGAUUGUUGGAGAUGUGACCCCAAUUGGGAAAAGAACCGGAAGCGUCUAGCAGAUUGUUCCAUUGGGUUUGGUAAGCAUGCCGUUGGGGGAAGGGAUGGUAAAAUAUAUGUGGUGACUGACCCCGGUGAUCACCCUGUGAACCCCAAGCCAGGAACACUAAGAUAUGGUGUGAUCCAAGAGGAGCCAUUGUGGAUCAUAUUCAAGCGUGACAUGGUGAUCAAGCUCAAGCAAGAGCUUAUGAUGAAUUCUUUCAAGACAAUUGACGGUAGAGGAGCAAGUGUGCACAUUGCUGGUGGACCUUGCAUCACUAUACAGUAUGUGACCAACAUUAUCAUUCAUGGGAUUAACAUCCAUGACUGCAAGCAAGGAGGGAAUGCCUAUGUGAGGGAUUCCCCUACACAUUAUGGGUGGAGGACACUCUCGGAUGGUGAUGGAGUGUCAAUCUUUGGUGGGAGUCAUGUUUGGGUGGACCACUGCUCUCUCUCCAAUUGCCGUGAUGGGUUAAUUGAUGCCAUCCAUGGAUCCACAGGCAUCACCAUAUCCAACAAUUACUUGACCCACCAUAACAAGGUCAUGCUUUUGGGCCACAGUGACACUUUCACUAGGGACAAGAACAUGCAAGUCACCAUUGCCUUCAACCAUUUUGGAGAAGGGCUAGUGCAGAGAAUGCCAAGAUGCAGGCAUGGAUACUUCCAUGUGGUGAACAAUGACUACACCCAUUGGAGAAUGUAUGCCAUAGGGGGGAGUGCUGCCCCAACUAUCAAUAGCCAAGGGAAUAGAUUUCUUGCUCCCAAUGACAAUACCUUCAAAGAGGUGACAAAGAGGGAGAAUUCAGCACAGAGCAAGUGGAAGAAUUGGAAUUGGAGGUCAAGUGGAGAUUUGAUGUUAAACGGUGCGUUUUUUACGGCAUCAGGAGCAGGUGCAUCUUCAAGCUAUGCAAGAGCAUCUAGUUUGGCAGCAAAAUCAUCUUCACUUGUGAGUUCUAUAACAGCAUCAGCUGGAUCACUUAGCUGCAGAAAGGGUUCACGCUGCUGAGCUGAAUGAAUGAUUCAGGAGGAACGAACACACCCCAUAUUAUUAGUAUAUGAUAUGAUAUAUUACAUAGUAAUAAAGGCAAAUAAUGCAUGCCAAGUAACUGCAUGUACCUACUUCUGGGGGAAAAAAGUGAUUCAACUUUUUUGUAUAUGCAACUUUUUAGACAUUUUUUCUUUUUUUGUAACGACAACCUUAGCUUGUGUUCACAACACAAACGAUCCGCUUUGUGGUAUCGUACAUUACUAAAUAGUAAGACCAAUACCGAGUGGGUUGAUGAACACAACACAAGCGAAAGAGUUGAUUGAUAUAAUUGAAUGUUCAAUGAAUGGAGAAAAUUAAGUAGGUUCAAUGAAAUGCUUAAUUAUCUUAUA